UUAGAUAGCAACCGGACCGGCCAAAUUACCGAUGAGAAACAAAAGGGAAAAGUAGGAAAAAGAUGUCUACGGUUAACCUCCGAAACUGCACAGAAGAGCUGUUGAAGUACACUAUCCAAUCUCGUAUCAGCGAAACCUUAGAAUUCGACAUUGGCCUCUCCGAGGACUUCUGUUCUCGCCUCCUCAAUUCCGACCCUUGCGACGAUCCCUUCCCCGCCUCCCACUCUACCGAUUCUAUGGAAGGAGUACCUCCACACCCUCUAUACAAGCAUUUGGCAUAUGCUUUGCAACAGUCCAUGACAUCUGGAACAUUUUAUAGGACAUAUAAUAGAAUGCCCAUGAUAGGAACAGAGAAUUCGUUGAAGCAGAAAGAGCAUUUUUGGCAGAAACUGAUUUCGGAAAAGGGAUCAGAAUUUGUUAAUCAGGUGUUGAGGACCAUAGACCUCGAACUUUAUGUAGAGGAGCCUUUCUUUUCACAGAUGAAAGAUGGACUCAAAACAAUUGAAGGCAGGUGUGCUACUGGUAAAUACAGCAGAAUUAAAUCAGGAAGUUUGAUUCUCCUUAAUGAAUGUUUGUUAUUUGAAGUUCAGGACGUCCACUGGUAUGCUUCAUUUUCUAAAAUGUUGGAGGCAGAAGGUCUUGCAGAAGUCCUUCCCGGAGUUAAAUCCAUUAUAGAAGGUGUGGAAAUCUAUAGGAAGUUUUACACAAAAGAGAAGGAAAUGUCAAAUGGUGUCCUUGCAAUUUCUAUUUCAAAAGUGGAUCCUCAGCCUUACACUUAUUUGGCUGCUAUACUCUCUGGAUUGAAUUAUGGAGGUGUUCAAGGUCUUCUGGGUCUUACAAAUACAAAUGGGACUAUUGAACAUGCACUACCCCCACCAAGAUCUGCUCUCGUAUCAUCAUUUAUGAUGCCAUAUAAAAUAGAUGCGGAGGUAAAAGGUAUCACAUUGACACAUGGAGCUCAGGCCUUGGCCAAACAUGCCCAUAGGUGUACCAAUAAAUAUUGGGGUACUUUGAAUGGAAAUGAUUCUGAUAAAAACAGGCGUGCGUUAGAUGUCAUCACUCAGCUAAUAACACAAUGUUGCUGGUUAAAUCUGCAUAUUGUUCCACCGCAUGGUGACGUCUUUGAAAUAAGGGUUGCUGAUGGAUAUGGUGCUAGGUGGUCUAUAGAUGGCAGUAAGUUUGUGGGCUUUCUAGAGCCAUAUGUAGAAGACGGCCAUUCAACAGGAUGGAAGCACUGAUCUUCUCUCAGAAGGCUGUUUCUAAUUUUCUGAAUUCAGAUAAUAGGUAUGCCUUUUUUAAGGCAUUUUUUUUUUCUCUCUGCGAUGGAACUAUUAUUUCUAAAGCAACAUUACAUGUGUUUUCAUGACAUAUAUCAAACAACCAUAUAAAUCGAGCUUCAUAGUAGGAAUAGGAUGUCAUGAUCGAUGUAUACUUGAAAAAAGUGGAAACAAUUCUUCACAUGAAUGGA